AUGGCCUCGCUGAGCGCUGCCUGCAGGCUGUCUGCCCGUGUCGCCGCCCGCCAGCUGCCCCAGAAUGUCGCCCGCAGAGGCUUCCGCCCUGCGCCCGCGAGCGCUGCUGCGCACAGCUUCCAGAUGCCCGCCCUCUCUCCCACCAUGACUGAAGGCAACAUCGCGAGCUGGAAGAUCAAAGAAGGAGAGGCUUUCUCCGCUGGCGACGUCCUUCUCGAGAUCGAGACGGACAAGGCGCAGAUGGACGUCGAGGCACAGGACGACGGUAUCUUGGCCAAGAUUACGUUGGGCGAUGGUAGCAAGGCUGUGAAGGUUGGCCAGCGCAUCGGUGUUCUUGCGGACCCUGGCGACGACCUCAGCAGUUUGGAUAUCCCCGCUGAGGACAAGGCCGAGCAGAAGCCCCCGGCGCCAAAGGAACCCCAGCCAUCGGAGGCCAGGCAGACCAGCACUCCGGCUCCUGAGGGCGGCAAGUCGGCUGCUGCGCCUCCCGGGAAGGCCGUCAAGCAGACCUACCCUCUCUAUCCCUCGGUUCUUUACGCUCUUCGCGCAAACGGCCUGGCUAAGGAGGAUGCGGACAAGAUUCCUGCGACUGGCCCGAACGGCCGCCUGCUGAAGGGUGACGUUCUUGCUUACGCUGGGAAACUGUCCGAGGGCGCAUACGCCUCCAAUCUUUCCAAGAUCCUCGCAGAGAAGGCUCAUCUGGACCUCAGCAACAUCAAGGCUGUGCAACCGAAGCCUCCUGCCGCAGCUCCUGCAGCUCCCGCUGCCACCAAGGAGCCAGUCCCUGAACCGCUCACUCAGGUCACCCUGCCCAUCAACUUCAAGGCGGUUCUCGAGUGCCAGAAACGCCUUCAAGACACCUUGGGAGUCUACCUUCCUCUGACCGAUUUUGUUGCCCGUGCUACUGAGCUCGCCAACGAAGCUCUCCCUCGCUCCAAGAACGCCCAGCCUUCGGCUGACGAGCUGUUCAAUGCCAUUGUCGGCACAGACAAGAUCCCAACAACUUCCAGGGGACACUUUAUCCCUGAGGUCUCUGCUCUGCCUACUCUCGCCUCGAAGUCCGCCAAGGCCUCCAAGCCAGCAGAUAUUUUUGAUAUCCUGGCAGGUAAGCCCGUCAAGACCAGAAGCGCAAAGACCGCUGUGCCCUCUGCCUCUGCUAUCGCCAGCCCUAUCAACGUAUUUAGCGUGAGCGUGCCCAAGGGUGAGGAGAAGAGAGCAACAGUCUUCUUGGAGAGGGUGAAGGUUGUUCUGGAGACACAGCCCGGCGAGCUGGUUCUGUAA